AUGCGGCCAACCAUACUCUUGCAGCUAUUGCUGCCCUUGCUGGUCCUUCCUUCUCUGGCGCUCUCAGCAAGUAACUCUCAGCAAAAACCUCCGGGCAAAAAUGCCAUUCUCCUAUCGCAGGUCCACUCUCUUACGCUGCGCAGCGGCCGACUCACCAGUUCCCGCCGCGUGUCGCCAAUCCCCCAACUGAAGUGCACCGGCCCCUCGAAGCGCAUAUGCGACAUGUACGAGAUCGAGUCCAUGCGAUGUAUAAAUGAAGGUUAUGGCUAUGACGAAGAGGACGUCCAGUGGACCUGUACUGCGUCCCUCCCCGGCGAGUUCAAGCUUGGCUCAACAGACGUGGUGUGUGAGGGCUAUCGCGCCGCGGACGAUCCCUGGGUGUUGAAAGGGAGCUGUGGGGUGGAGUACAGAUUGCUUUUGACCGAGUUGGGAGAGCGAAAGUUCGGACGAGGCUCUUUCGAUGAGGACAACUGGUGGCGGACUCAGCGGCCUGGCAAGUUGUACAAUGCGGGCCAGAGAGGGUUGAAUCUUGUCGGAAAUAUCAUAUUCUGGGGGAUAUUUAUCGGCAUUUUUCUCCUCAUCAUAUGGGCGAUGUUGAGGGAUUGGUUUGGAGUCGGACCGAGAACGCCCCAACAACCCGGAGGUCGCUGGGGUUGGGGCGGAGGAGGUGGUGGUGGUGGGCCAUACCCUCCUGGUCCUCCCCCGCCAUACGACAGUCACUCAUACAGUAGUUCGAGCUAUGGUCAAGGCUGGCGGCCGGGGUUCUGGACCGGGGCAAUGGCCGGAAGCGGACUUGGAUAUGGGCUCGGAAGGAGGAGCGCCCGCUACGAUUCGGUUUAUGGGGGCGCGCGCAGAAGGGACUAUGACUCUGGAGAAGGAAGCUCUUCGUCUGCUUCGCGACUCUCAACUUCGUCGAGGAGCACCGGGUUUGGUGGAACGAGUCGAAGGUGA